AAGCCAAUGGCAUGAGAGAUAUUGUCUUGCAUUUGAGGGGAGAUAAUCACUUAAUGCAAAUUAACGAAUAUCACCCAGCUUAUUUGUCAUUACACUACGUCUUGCUAUUCCCACGUGGAGAACUUGGAUGGGAACCUGAGAUGAAACAGUGGGAUGUGAAAAAUAAUCAACUUGCGGCAGUGCGACUAACUCAAAUGGAUUUUUAUAGUUACCGUUUAUUUGAGCGUCAUACAGAGUAUUCAACCAUUUUGAGAGGAGGAAAAUUGUUCCAAGAGUUCUUAGUAGAUGCUUGGGCAGCAACUGAGCAGAAUCGAUUGACAUACUAUAAGCUUAAUCAAGUGAAACUUCAUUCUUCUCUAUACCAGGAUUUGACUAAUAUUGGUCCUAAUGGCUUGAACCCUGAUCAAAUUGGUCAAAGGUUUAUUUUGCCAUCUUCGUUCACUGGUAGCCCAAGACAUAUGUUUGAGAUAUUUCAAGAUUCACUGGCUAUCACCAGAUAUAACCAUCAUCCUGAUAUUUUCCUCACCAUGACUGCAAAUCCUAAAUGGCCGGAAAUUACUUUAGCUCUAUUGCCCCAUCAAACCGCUGUUGACCGUCCUGAUUUGGUUUCUCGUGUUUUCAAGUUAAAGAGGAAGGCUUUGAUGAAGGAGGUUGAACAAAAUAAAGUGUUUGGUCAGAAAGUUGCCCAUGUGUACACUAUUGAAUUUCAAAAAUGUGGUCUGCCACAUAUGCAUGUACUAUUCUUUCUUAAAGGUGGGGAUAAAAUUCGUACUUGCACCCAAGUUGACCAGUUAGUUUGUGCUGAAUUUCCAAAUCUAGAAGAUGAUCUUGAACUUUUUGAAACGGUCAUAAGCUGUAUGGUACAUGGACCAUGCGGUGCUCGAAAUCCGCAUGCAGCUUGCAUGGAAAAAGGAAAAUGCACUAAGAGGUACCCUCGCAACUUUGUAGAAACAACCACCAUGGAAGAAAAUGGAUAUCCCAUCUAUCGCCGUCGUGAUGAUGGGAAAGUGUAUAUUGUCAGGGGGCAUGAAGUUGAUAACAGAGAUGUCGUGCCAUAUAAUCCUCAUCUAUCCAAAAUGUUCAAUUAUCAUAUUAAUGUUGAAGUUUGUGCAAAAAUGAGAUGUGUAAAAUACAUUCACAAGUACAUUUACAAGGGUUACGAUCGAACCACAAUGGUGUUAGGAUCGGCUAGUGAAAUUAAGCAAUACCUUGAUGGGAGGUACAUUGGAUCGCUAGAAGCUACUUGGCAUAUAUUCGAUCAUCAUAUGCACGAAGAGGUUCCAACAGUUACCCGACUCGCUCUACAUUUACCUGGAAUGCAUCGUGUUAAUUUCAAUCCCAGGGAGUCAUUGGAAGACAUUAUUGCUAGAUCUGCAAUAGAAAAGUCAACUCUAACUGGGUUUUUUGCAUGGUAUGCUGCCAACCCUAAUUCUACCCCCUAUACUUACCAAGAAUUUCCACAAUUCUUUGUUUGGGACAAGACAAAUAAUGUGUGGACACCAAGAAAGUUUGGGUUCACAAUCGGGAGGAUGUACUUUGCCAGCCUUAAUUGUGGUGAGAAAUUUUACCUACAUUUGCUAUUGACUAUUGUUAAAGGGCCAAAAUCUUAUAAAGACUUACGCACAGUAGACAAUGUUCUUUAUGAUACUUUUAAGUCGGCAUGUGUUGCUAGAGGGCUUUUGGAAGAUGAUGAUGAAUGGGUUCAAUGUCUUGAAGAGGCUGCAAUAAUGCAAACCGGGUAUCAGUUGAAGAGAUUAUUUUGUGUUAUUCUUACACAAUGCUCACCACUGCAACUGUUGGAAUUGUGGAAGCGAUUUUUUAUAAAUAUAUGCGAUGACCUUGCGCAUAAAAUUCACACAUUAUUUGGCAUUCUUAACCCAAUCGAGGCUCAAAUUGAAGAUUAUGGUCUGUAUCUUCUCAAUCAGAUGCUUGAAGAAUCAGGUAAGAGUUUACUUGACUUCCCACCUAUGCCACAACCUAUCGAAAAUUGGAGCAUAGAUGUUGGUAACAAAUUGAUUUUGGAGCAUCGACAACUUCAUAUCCAAGCACAACAGGCAAAUACAGAGACUAAUAUUGGUUGCCUUAACAUUGAUCAACGCAAUGCUUAUGAUGCCAUCAUCUGCUCUGUCUUCGAAAAUAAAGGAACUACUUUCUUUUUGAAUGGGGGUGCCGGCACUAGAAAGAUGUUUUUGUACAACAUAAUUGCACAUAAAUGUCAUAGUCUCAAUCAUAUAGUGGUUAUUGUUGCUUCAUCCGGAAUUGCUUCUCUGUUAUUGGAAGGAGGUCACACAGCACAUUCAACUUUUGCCAUCCCAUUGGAUGUGUUAGAAAAUUCUAUCUGCGGGUUUACCAAACAAUCUCUACAAGCAGAGUUAUUUAGAGAAACAAAAUUGAUUAUAUGGGAUGAAGUUCCUAUGCAACAUAAAUAUUGCGUUGAAGCAGUUGAUCGCACAUUACGCGAUAUCCGUGACAAUCCUAAACCAUUUGGGGGAACCACCGUAGUGCUUGGUGGGGAUUUUCGUCAAAUUUUGCCAGUUGUACCCAAAGGAGUUCGUGAGGAAAUUGUUAACGCAUCACUUAAGCGUUCUGAUCUGUGGGAUGAUAUAUGUGUCUUAACAUUAAAUUUGAAUAUGCGAUUGAAUACAACAGAUCUUGCAAAUGCUGCUUUUGCAGAUUUUUUAAUGGAGGUUGGAACAAACCCUCUAGAAGUGGUACAUCUUCCAUCGACAAUAGGUAGAUGUCAAAAUCUAAAUGAAUUAUUGUCGAGAGUUUAUCCCCAACUAGAUGUGACAAAUACAUCGACCCCAACAUUUUUAACUGAAUGUACGAUUCUCUCUGCUCGGAAUGAUGACGUGAAUGCUAUAAAUGGAACUGCACUAAAUAUUUUCCCAGGAAAUAGAUACACUUAUCUUGCUGCAGAUAAAAUGUCUGAGGAUGACGGAAUGGAUAGAAGCAUCAGUAACCGGUAUCCCAAUGAGUAUCUUAACUCAUUAGAUCCUACUGGGCUACCGCCUUUUAAGCUAGAGUUGACAGUGGGUUGUCCUAUAAUAAUAUUGUUAAGAAAUAUUGCCCCAAAGGAUGGACUUUGUAAUGGCACAAGGAUGAUGGUUGUCAGGUGCGGCUCCCGUAUUAUUGAAGUUAAGAUUUUAACAGGCGAGAAAUUUGGCAAAUUGGCCUUCAUACCAAGAAUAUCUUUGUCACCGUCAUCUUCAGAUUUUCCUUUUCAUAUGACAAGACGUCAAUUUCCAGUUUGCUUGGCAUAUGCUAUGACUAUUAACAAAUCACAAGGACAAUCAGUGAAAUUUGUUGGGGUUGAUUUGCGCACACCUGUGUUUAGUCAUGGGCAACUAUAUGUGGCAUUAUCAAGGUGCACGUCUUUUGACCAUAUAAUUGUCCUUCUCCCGGAAGGAAAAAGAGAUUCCACUACCAAUAUUGUUUACCCUGAAAUUCUGUUGUAGUCUGCUUUAUCAUACCAGAUACAACGAGUUAUAGAGUAUUCUACUUUAGUUGACAUAUCCUCCCUUAAACAAAUAACUUGGCAUACUAACUGGGCUUCUGUUGACAUAUCAUUUUUUUCUAGGAUUGGGAUCGAGAAGCCUUGAAGAACAAAAGGAUCAAUAGUCUUCAAGAUUUGUAGUCUUCACAUGUUUCUAUGUUUUCAUUUUAGAAGUCUCAUUGAGGCAGGCAUUUUCGUUAAUGUGUAUCAUUUUUUAGUUUUAUCGGUGUUUUGGAUGGUAUUUUUUGAUUUGAUCAAGUUUUAAGUGUUCAAGUUUGUUCUAUGCGUUUUAGUUGGUUCAAUAUUUAAUUACGUGUGUUGAAUGUUCAAGUCGUGC